AUGGUGUUGCAUAUUAUUUCAGAAGCACAACUGUAUCGUAUUCGUCAAGAACAUUUACCACCAUCACCAAGCGAUUCGAAUUUUGUCUUACAUCCAGGAUUUACGUGUACUAAUCAAGGAGAAAGAUUCUUGUUGUAUGACUCGGAUUCUGUUCAAGUACCGUACAGUUCAGCACCACCUAAAGUUGGUCGAUUGUUAAUUUAUAGCAGCAAUUUACAACUCAAUCUUUUAUCAAAAUCAAAACGUGUUGGUAGUGAUGGUACUUUUGAGACAGCAGCACAAAUUAGCCAACAGAAUUAUAUAAUAAUGGGUGAAUUUGAAGAAAUCCAUGCUGUACCAUUGGUAUAUUGUUUAUGUGAAAAGAAAAACUAUGAAACGUAUAAAUUAAUUAUACAAAUACUUAGAACAGCUGUUGAUGACUUACAACUAAAUUUCGAACCAAUGUUUUGGAUGAGUGAUUAUGAAAGUGGAUUAAUUAAAGCAAUUAAACAAGAGCUACCGAAUACAAAAUUACUUGGAUGUGCGUUUCACUAUAACCAAGCAAUAUAUCGAAAUAUUCAGCUUAAAGGAUUACAAGAUGCGUAUCAAAAUAUAGAAGUAGUACGGCAAAUUCUUCGUCAAACUAUGGCCUUGGCUUUUAUACCUAAUGAUCAAAUUAAAACAGUGUACUAUGACGUUAUUAAACCACAAUUAAAUAAUGUUCCGAGAAAACCAACAUCUCUUCGACAUGAUUUGGGUAAUUUCUUUACUUAUUACGAAUCACAAUGGUUAACAAAGACUUAUAAAUUCUGUGUAUUUGGUGAAACAACACGUACAAACAACGGACUUGAAGGCAUGCAAUAUUUGAUCUACUUAUACUCUGAUUUUUAUGAUAUAGUUGCUUAG